AUGGGCACCAUGAUGACUGCCACCCCUAUGGGAGCAGGGGUGGGAGGUGUUAACUUGACACUCCCCCUCAACCCCUCGCUGCCCCCGCCCUGUAGCAUCGACGAAUCCUACAAGUACAUUUUCCUCCCGAUUUGCUACUCCUUCACCUUUGUCUUCAGCAUCUCCCUCAACUCUGUGGUUCUCUACCGCUCCUUCCGCCGGACAAAGCGCUGGAACGCCUCCCUCAUCUACAUGGUGAACCUGGCCUCCACCGACUUCAUGUACGGCCUCUCGCUGCCCUUCCUGGUGGCCAGCUACAUCAUGAGGGACCGCUGGGUCUUCGGGGACUUCAUGUGCCGCCUGGUGCGCUUCCUCUUCUACUUCAACCUCUACUGCAGCAUCUUCUUCCUCACCUGCAUCUCCGUGCACCGCUACCUGGGCAUCUGCCACCCCAUGAAGACCAUCACCCUGGAGACCAAAAAGGUGGUCAAAGGCACCUGCGUGCUGGUGUGGGCCGUGGUGUUUGCCCUGACCAGCCCCAUCUUCCGCUUUGCCCAGACGGGCAACGUUACCCGGGGAGGGGAAGGGUUCAACGCCGGAAUGCCGGAGGCCUUCCAAAACUGCUGGGAUGAUGCCAUCGACAAGGAGUUCUCGGACUACGUCCCGUACGGAAUCGUGCUCCACCUGCUGGGCUUCUUUGUGCCGUUCACCAUCAUCGCCUGGUGCUACUCCCACGUGGUCCUGACCAUCUUCCGGACCCUGCGCACACAGCCCCAGCCAGAGGGGGAUGGGGAGGGGCAGGGCCGGGGUAGGCGGGAGAUGUCUGUGGUCCUGGGGCCCCGGUCGCCCUAUGUCCACAGGCGUCGCAAGUUCAUCAAGACCAUCAUCACCAUCACCCUGCUCUUCGCGCUCUGCUUCUUCCCCUUCCACGUGACUCGGACCCUCUUCCUGGUGCUCAAAGAGACCAAAGGGGUGCCCUGUCACACCAUGAGGAUGGUCUCCAUCUGUUACAAGAUCACCAGGCCACUGGCCUCAUUCAAUGCCUGGCUCAACGCGCUGCUGUACUUUCUAACAAAAGACAAGAGCACCCCUUGCUGCCCCCCACCCGACCCCACCCAUCAUGGCCUCCUCUGGCCGCUGAGGAUGCUGGGAAGAGCAGGAGACGAAGAGGAAGGUGUUGGGGAGGCCACAAACGAUAAGGACAAUGACUCUAAAUCAUCAGGAAACAAUAUAUUUCAUGGUCUGCCAUAA